AUGGGUUUCGCCGACUUUUUCACUGACGUCGUCUCCUCCCUGGGCUUCACCGAGGCUCAGGCUGAGGCUCCCGCUGCCGACGUCGAGACUUCCACCCCCCAGGACGCCGAGCCCGCCGAGAAGACCGAGGAGUCCACCGAAGAGACCACCGAGUCCGAGUCUGCUGAGGAGACCCCCGAGGAGUCCGCCGAGGAGGCUCCUGAGGAAGAGGAGGCCGAGGAGGAGGAGGAAGAGGAAGAAGAGGAAGAAGAAGAGGAGGAGCCUGAGGACAUCAAGCCCAAGCUCGAGGAGGAGUGCGCCAACUCCGCUCAGUGCGCCCCCUACAAGCACCACUUCGACGAGUGCGUCGAGCGUGUCACCCGCCAGCAGGAGGAUGAGGACUACAAGGGUCCCAAGGAGGACUGCGUUGAGGAGUUCUUCCACCUCACCCACUGCGCCACUGCCUGCGCCGCCCCCAAGCUCUGGCGUGAGCUCAAGUAA